GACUUCGGGCCCCGGACCGGCUAGAAGGUGGCGCGGCUCAGCAGAGUCAGGAGGUUCGCUCCUGCCCAACGCUUCUCCCUAGGAUCGUGCGGGGCAGCAGGAGCGCAAAGCGCAGCGAAGCCCAGUAAUCGGAGGCCUGCGACACCCAUGUGUCACUGAUCUGGAAGCACCCCCCCGCGGCAGCGCUUCAUGAUCCAGCGGCGCCCGGCCCAGUGAAGCCACCGUGGUGUCCAGCAUGGCCGCGCUGCUCCUGGGCGCGGUGAUGCUGGCGGUCCAGCUCCAGCCAGUGCCUUCCCGCCCCGCCGUGUCCGGGGCGGAGCCGGGCCAGCAGGAGCUCGUGGGGAAAGCAGCCACCCUCCAGGGCGAGGUCCCGGAGGGCGCGGCCCCCAACGGCUCCGCCCAGCAGCUCCCGCAGACCAUCAUCAUCGGCGUGCGCAAGGGCGGCACCCGCGCGCUGCUGGAGAUGCUCAGCCUGCACCCCGACGUGGCGGCCGCGGAGAACGAGGUGCACUUCUUCGACUGGGAGGAGCAUUACAGCCAAGGCCUGGGCUGGUACCUCCGCCAGAUGCCCUUCUCCUCCCCGCACCAGCUCACGGUGGAGAAGACCCCCGCGUACUUCACGUCGCCCCAAGUGCCUGAGCGGGUGCACAGCAUGAACCCGUCCAUCCGGCUGCUGCUCAUCCUGCGGGACCCGUCGGAGCGCGUGCUGUCCGACUACACCCAAGUGUUCUACAACCACGUGCAGAAGCACAAGCCCUACCCGUCCAUCGAGGAGUUCCUGGUGCGCGACGGCCGGCUCAACGUGGACUACAAGGCGCUCAACCGCAGCCUGUACCACGUGCACAUGCACAACUGGCUGCGCUUCUUCCCGCUGCGCCGCAUCCACAUCGUCGACGGCGACCGCCUCAUCAGGGACCCUUUCCCCGAGAUCCAGAAGGUCGAGCGGUUCCUGAAGCUGUCGCCGCAGAUCAACGCCUCGAACUUCUACUUUAACAAAACCAAGGGCUUUUACUGCCUGCGGGACGGCGGCCGGGACCGCUGCUUACACGAGUCCAAAGGCCGGGCGCACCCCCAGGUCGACCCCAAACUCCUCAAUAAACUGCACGAGUAUUUCCACGAGCCAAAUAAGAAAUUCUUCGAGCUUGUCGGCAGAACAUUUGACUGGCACUGAUUUGCAAUAAGCUAGGCUCGGAACAUUUCCUGUUGUAAGUUCUGAUGUACAUCUGGGGAGGGGGGAAACAAAGAAUUUUAAAAGGGCGUUUAAGCUAUAAUUUAUUUGUAAAAUCCAUAAAUUACUUCUGUACAGUAUUAGAUUCACAACUGCCAUAUAUACUAGUUAUAUUUUUCUACUUGUUAAAUCGAGGGCAUUUUGUAUUGUUUUUCAUGGAUGUUAACAUUGUGUAAUAUGUCUCUAUAUGAAGGAACUAAAAUAUUUCACUGCUAAAAAAAAAAUCUGGAGAUGCUCCCUUUUUUUUGAUGGUAAUUAACUUGCCCCCAACUCAAAA